AUGGAACCUUACAAAGUCCUCGCCUCUAGAGGUGUACGUGGUCGUGGCCGCUUCAGUCAGAGUGCUGGGAGGGGAAGAGCCUCCUCUAAUUCUUUUUUAGGCCAAGACCGGGGCCAUGCUCGGCCCCAGCAGAAUCCUAGGACCCAGUAAGAUCUCCAGCUGAGGUAAGUCAGACAACUCUUGCUACUAUUAUUGCAAAUCAAAUUCCUUUUUAAGGCAGGAGGGCUGCGAGACUGUCUUCAUGUAUGGAAGACUAUCACAUCAGAUCCUUUUAUCUUAGAUGCAGUUACUCACUGUCAUAUUGAAUUUGACUGGGAACCUGGAAUAUGUACUAGUGUUACUAGGCCUUUUUGUUCCUUUACUGAAAUUGAACAGACUAUCAUUGACAAUGAAGUAGAAAAAUUCCUUCUUAAAGGGAUAAUAAGGCUAUCAUCAUAUGAGGAUGGCCAUGUCAUAUCUCCAAUUUUUACAAGGCGUAAGAAAUAUGGGUCUCACAGGGUUAUAUUUAACCUAAAGAAACUGAAUGAGUCAGUGACAUACCAUCAUUUUAAAAUGGACACGUUAGAAACAGCUAUUAGAUUCAUGAGGCCUGGAUGUUACAUGACAUCUAUAGAUCUGAAGGAUGCGUAUUACUCUAUCCCUAUUGCAGAAGAACAUCAGAAAUAUUUGAAAUUUAUUUGGAGAGAUCAAUUAUAUGCUUUCACUAGCCUGCCUAUGGGAUUGACUAGUAGCCCUAGGAUUUUUACGAAAGUUUUAAAAGCGAUCUUUAGCUACGUGAGGAGUAAGUUUGGCCACACCUGUCUGGGCUAACAUUGAUGCCUCUUUCUAUCAGGAAGAUGGUUAUAGGGAGUAUGAAGAAGCCACAUUAUAUGCAAUACAACUUUUUGUCAGUCUGGGUUUUAAAAUCCACCCAGAAAAGUCAUUAAUUAUACCAACACAGAUCUUAGAGUUUUUAGGGUUCAUUUUGAACUCAAUGCUCAUGUCAGUUACUUUGACUAACAAGAAAGCUGUUAAAAUUUUGCAGUUGUGCCAAAAAUUCUCUGUUCCAAAUAAACGGUUUACUAUUCGUGAAGUUGCAUCUUUUCUUGGGACCUUAGUCUCCAGCUUUCCAGGCGUGGAGUUUGGCCCUUUACGUUAUCGCCUCAUUGAGGUUGGCAAAGAAGCGAAUUUGAAAUUGAACCAGGGGAAUUUGGAUUCACUUUUGACCUUGUCUCAUGACAGUUUGGAAGAGGUUCACUGGUGGUCUGCAAAUGUUCUAACAGCAUCAAGAAGAAUUUUUCAUAAUAGUCCUGAUGUAGUUGUUUACACUGAUGCAUCCCAAAUGGGUUGAGGUGCUCAAAUCGAACAUGGGAAUAACACUAGUGGCAUCUGGUCUAAGUCAGGGUCAUCCAGGCACAUAAAUUACCUGUAAUCAUUAGCAGUUAAGCUUGCUCUGUCCUCCCUACUUAAUGCCAGGAACAACAUCCAUGUGCGGUUUAUGUCUGAUAACAACACUGCUGUGUCUUACAUUAAUUCUAUGGGAGGUUGUAGAUCUUUAGAAUGUAACUCCAUUGCUAAGGAUACUUGAGAUUGGGCUAUUGACAAAGAUAUUUGGUUAUCAGCAGCCCAUAUUCCAGGAUCAAGCAAUAUUGAUGCUGAUAAGUUAUCUCGGAAUUUGAAUUUGGAUCUGGAAUGGAUGCUUUCCGCUCCGAUUUUUCAGAGAAUAGUAGCUUUAUUUGGUAAACUAGAUAUAGAUCUAUUUGCUAGUAGACUUAAUGCUCAGGUGGAGGAUUAUGUUUCCUGGAAACCACAUCCAAUGGCAAAGUUUGUAGAUGCUUUUACCAUUGAUUGGUCACAAUUUUUGUUCUAUUCUUAUCCUCCAUUUUGUCUUGUUUCAGGGUGUGUACAGAAAAUAAUUCACGACUAGGCAUCAGGAAUUCUAGUAAUUCCCUUGUGGACAACUCAGCCUUAUUUUACGGCUGUACUGAGCCUACAGAGCCUACAACAGAAACGCCACGUGUAUUAAAUGCUUUAGUUCAGAAUCUGAUUCAUCCAACCCUGGACGGUCCUCAUCCCCUACACCAACGACUGCAGUCGAUGGUAUGUUAGUUAUCAGGCGAUCCUUGCAAGAGUCUGAGAUUUCGUCAGGCAUUGUCGACAUCAUCAUGCAUUCAUGGAGAGACAGCACUCAGAAACAAUAUAAAGUGUAUAUUAGCAAGUGGCUGCAAUUUUCCAGUGAAAGGAAGAAUGAUCCGUUGCAUCCCACUGUAACGGCUGUACUCUUUUUCUGCACAGUCUUUUCAAGAGUGGCUUGAGCUAUUCUGCGCUGAAUACAGCUCGGUCUGCAGUCUCUAACAUCGAAAUGCGUGAUAGUGAUGCUCCGUCUCAUACACCUGUAGGAAAGCAUUUCCUUGUUUGCCGUUACCUUAAAGGGGUCCGUAUAAUUAUACUGUCCUUGAUUACUUGAGUUUAUUUUGGCCUUUGCACGAGAUCAUUUUGAAGGAACUCACCCUAAAAUUAGUCAUAUUGAUUGACUUGACUACGGGGCAGAGGUGUCAGACUUUGACCUUUUUGGACACAUCAGAGCAAUAUAUGCAGAAGAAUGAUACAUGUUUUAAUUUUGCCUUAACUGAACACUUAAGCAGGACAAACCUGGCAAAGUUUUUGGCAAUGUACGCCUUUACAAGUAUCCAGUAAGGGAACUGUGUGUUUAUGAAAUAUUAGAUUCUUGCCUACGGCCUACUGAAAAGCUUAGAAAUUCUUCAAAAUUGCUUGUUUCGUACAUUAAGCCCUAUAAGGCAGUAACCUCAACUACUAUUGGGCGCUGGUUCAAAACUUUGUUGCGGGUGUUGAUACAGAAAUAUUUUCUGUUCAUAGCAUUAGGUGUGCUGCAACGAGUAAAGCUCUUACGUCAGUUUCCACUGAUGUGAUUCUAGCUACAGCUGGGUGGACUGAGGAGUCCACUUUUCGGACGUUUUACAACAAGCCAGUUGCUGUAACAAACCAGAUGAGUUUGGCAGUUCUCACUUAG